AUGUCACUAAUCGCAACAAGUUCUAGGUGUUUCAACGCAAUGGAAGCAGCCGUGGAGGCAGUGAAAACCGGUAACGUUGACAGCUCAGAGGUUAUGAUUAAAUCCAUAAGACAAGACGGAGUGUUGUUACAAAAACAGGCGUCAAUCCUCUGUGAUGAGUUCAAACAGGGCGAAAAGAAGCGGCAAGAAUCAGACGAGGAUCUAACUAGGCAGAUAAACAAGUUACACGCCGAAGAGGUUGAGCUUAAAAACAGGAGGCAAGGUUUGGAAGCGAAGAAAUCAGCGCUGAAUGAAGAGAGAGAACGUUGCUACCGCAACAAACGAGAUGCAUCUCGGAGAUACGAAAAUGCAAAGGCAGAGAAGAGAGAAGCUGAAGAGAAAUUCGAGGAAGCGAAAAAAUGGUGUUGGGUGCCUGGUUACGGCACGUUUCUAGUCGUUCGAGAACUUUUUGAAAACAAUGAGGAAAAGGCUCGUGAUGCACGCAGAGAAAUGGAGCGUUAUGACGGAGAAAUGAGCAGAGCCGUAAGUAACAUCCGGUCGGCAAACACCGCUAUUUCUCAGGUAGGUGUCUUAUUUCUUUUACGUGUUCUUUUAUUGUCAAAGGCAACAAAGCAUGCAGAACGAAACUCUUAACUAUAGCUACGAAACGUUUUGCUUAUUCCUCUCUCGAUCACAUUUUUGAAUCCGAAAAUUUUAGGUUUCUUUUUUCUACGAAAAUUUAUAGCCUAACAUAAGGAGUAAAAAAUGAAAAAUUAAACUUUAGAAAAUCGUAAGGAAUUUUUUAGAUAAGCUUCGAAAAUUGUUCCUAAAUGGAACGGCAUCUGGAAAUUAUUAGUCGUAUUCAAGCAAUAGAAAAUUCUAGACAACAUCGGCUUUUCCGAACAGAUAUUCAGUCACAGAAAACAGUCCUUGGGUGCCCUGAAGAGCUAGCCUCCCGCGCAGGCGUUUUUAGGGGAGCUCGUCUUCCACCUCUCCCUACAAGGAGGAGGGAUGAAAAACGAGCUCCCCUAAAAACGCCUGCGUGGGAGGCUACUGAAGAGCGGGAUGUUUCACUUUUCGACUCUUCAGCCUCCUUCGAACUCACCUUCGGGUCAAUUUACAUUAUUCCAGCGUAUGAUUUCCAUCAAGAUUAGCAUGCUUUUCAUCAUCCCGUAGUACUGCUGUUUUGUUCAGUGAUAUCGGUCAUUUUACAGGCCUGAUUCAGUUUUCAUCGUUUUCUGCAGACAGAGGAGGACCAAAAUGACAUUUCAAAGAAAGUGGCAGACCUAAAUAGACAACGAGAAGCAUGUCACGAGGAGCUUGGUAAAAUCAAGACCUUGAUUUCAUUUAUUAUGCAAGCUACUACAUUCUGGGAGGAAGUGAUCAUGCUCGCCAACGCAGCAACAGUCAAAACCGAACAGGUUCAAAAGAUUGUGGAUCUGGCUGCCAAGAAAAAUAGUGCCAAGAUUCUCAGUAGCAGAGGUACAGAGACUAAGAUGAGGUCAUUCAAAGAAUCCUGGAUGGAAGUAGCAGAGAUGUUUGCUUCUGAAGAAAACAAGCUGCUAUCAAACGGUGAGCUUCACAGAUCAAAAGGUGCAUUUAUGUAGACAUAAAGUACAAUUAGGUUAACAGUACUUUUGUAAAACGACUCAGGAGUGUUCCAUGUUGUUGUAUCAUUGUUGUUUUCAUUUUGAUAACAUGUAUUUUCCACUUCCGUGCGUAGGUUGUUGAGAUCAUUUGUCGUUCAAUUUACUGCUUUUGCAAUAUACAUUGAAUCUAUCUUACGGUACCAUGCCACACACCCUCCCCUCUUUUAGCCUUUUCUUUGGCCGUCUGAAAACCAAUGAUCUAGUGCCUAAAAAUAUAUACGUUCGCAUGCAAUACAUGUUACCAUGCAGUAUGAGUGAAACCGUAGUGAUUUCGUACUGAGAAUAAUUGCGUUCGUCAUGUGUGAUACACUAAACUAAAUUAUAAAUGCUCAUUUUAUUUUUUCUAACAGAAAAAUUCUUCCUUAUGUCUCAGUGA